AUACAGGGAGAGGAGAGAUGGCGAGUACCGGUGCGGAGGGGGUGUGCGGGUGGGGGCGCUGGCAGGUGCGGCUGGCGCUGCUGCUGGCGCUGCCCGUGCUGCUGACGGGCAUGUACUGCACCAACUACGUGUUCCUGGCCGCGGCAUCCAAUCACAGAUGCCUGGUCCCAGAAUGCGAAGGCAACCUGAACGAGACGUCGUAUUCCGCGGCGCGCGCAGACUGGGGCGCGUACGCGCUGCCCAAAGAUGCGUGCACGCGCUAUCAGCCACUUGACGACACGUGUGCUUCGGAGUCGUUUAAGGAGACUUUGACGGAGUGUGAGGAGAUGGUGUACGAGUCACACAGAAGCAUCGUGGCUGAGUUUGGCCUGGGCUGUCAAGAAUGGAAACGCUCGCUGGUGGGCACCAUCCACAACGUGGGCAUGCUCAUCUCGCUGCCCAUCAUUGGGCACAUUUCUGAUCACUACGGCCGCCGCACGGCAUUGAUAGUAAGUGGCGUGGGUGCUGGUAUCCUUGGGCUGUGCAAGUCUUUGGCUGGAUCUUACUACGCGUACCUGAUGUGGGAACUAUUAGAAACCAUCCUGGGCGCCAGCGUCUACCCAGCCGCUUUCGUGCUCAUGAUCGAAUGGCUGGGUGUCGAGCACCGGAUCCUCGCCAGUCUCGUCCUGGGCAUCCCCCUCGCCGGCGGCGCCGCGACGCUCUCCCUUCUCGACUACCUAGCUGGCUAUUGGCGUACCUGGUGCCGCAUAGCCUACCCACCUUCCUUGCUCCUGCUGCUCUACCCCUGGCUCUUACCGGAGAGUAUCCGCUGGUUGGCCAUUCAGAACCGCGUGUCCGAAGCCGUCGCGGUGAUGAAGCAGGCGGCGCGGUGGAACCGCGUGCAGGCGUCGGAUGAGGCGUUUGAGAAGAUGCUCUGUGAUCAGAACGAGAAGACGCCUGUGGCUAAGGUUGAGGAAGAGAGCCUGUUUGCAGCUUUUAUUAAAUACGGCGCCCUUCGUCGCCGCCUAAGCGUGUGCUUCGUGUGGUGGAUCUCGGCGGUGUUCGUAUUCUACGGGCUAGCAGUGCACGUGCACGCUUUGGGCGGCUCCGCGCACGCCACCUACGCGAUGGUGGCGGCGGCCGAGCUACCUGCCUUGCUGCUCAACACGCUGCUGCUGGACCGUGCUGGGAGAAGGCCUGUGCUGACGGCCGCGUUCCUCACGACGGCCUGUGCGCUUGUCGCGCUUUCCUGUUUGCCAGAUGGUAGCGGCUGGUGGGCUGUGGCCCUGUACCUGAUCGGCAAGCUCGGCGCCACCAUGUCUCUGAACGCGCUGUAUGUGUACACGGCUGAGCUGUUCCCUACGCGGGCACGUCACCGUCUACUAGCCGCCUGUUCUACAUGUGGUCGGCUUGGGGCUGUGCUGGCUCCGCUUACACCUAUGCUGGCGCAGUUCAAGCCUUGGCUGCCAACUGCGAUCUUCGGAACGCUGCCGCUUCUGAGCGCGGCGCUGACACGACUAGUACCUGACACGCUGCACGCCAGGCUACCUGACUCCUUCUCUGACCUGGACCCGGCGCGCAUCCAUGCUGCUGAUGUCUGAGGUUGCUGCUGUGGCCGUAGUUGGUGG